AUGGAGGAAAAGGUCGCAGAGCCCACCGUGGCCGCGUCCACGGGUGUCCAAGUAGGCGACGCCGAAGAAGCGCUCGAGCAUGUCAAGAACAUCAAGAAGCAGCACCAGUGGGACCCCAACCUGCCCACCGACAUCUACGACGAACUUGACGAGGCCUUGCAUGCUGACGGCAACACCACCGUGGGCAUCGCCACCGAACUGAUGGAAAACUCCCCUUACCCUGAAGUUCGUGCUGCCGUCCCUAACUACGACGAAGGCGGCCACAGCAAUACCAUCCGCGCCUGGACCAUUGGUUUGAUUCUCGCGACCAUCGGUUCGGCGCUCAACAUGCUGUUCUCCAUGCGCAAUCCCUACAUUGUCAUCCCCAGUUAUGUCGCUCAGGUCGUCGCAUACCCCAUUGGUAAGCUCUGGGAGAAGGUUAUGCCCAAUCGCGAGUUCUCCCUCUUUGGUCUCAAGUUCAACCUCAACCCUGGUCCCUUCAGCAAGAAGGAGCAUGCUUUGACUGUCAUCAUGGCCAACGCCACUUUCAACGGUGGUGCUGCCUACGCUACUGAUGUCUUGCUCGCUCAACGUGCCUUUUACGGUCAGAACUUUGGGUGGGCGUUCGAGAUCUUCAUGUGUAUCUCCACCCAGAUGCUCGGGUUUGGUAUCGCUGGUUUCUUCCAUCGUUUCCUCGUCACUCCGGCUGCUAUGAUUUGGCCCGCCAAUUUGAUCAACGCCAGUUUGUUCACUGCCCUCCACGAUCAUCGCCGCCCUGACCCCGCCAAGACCAGUGGCUGGCGUAUUGGAAAGUACCGUCUUUUCUUGUACACUAUGAUUGCUUCUUUUGUGUGGUACUGGUUCCCCGGCUUUAUCGCUCCCUUCUUGAGUGCGUUCGCCUGGGUUACCUGGAUCCGACCCAACAACCCCGUAAUCAACCAGUUGUUUGGUGGAUGGACUGGUCUGUCUUUGAUCCCCAUUACUUUUGACUGGACUCAAAUUUCCGGUUUCAACUUCUCACCGUUGAUCACCCCCUGGUUCGGUAUUGCCAACACUUUGAUCGGUAUGGUUGCUUGGUUCUGGAUCGUCACCCCGGCUAUCCACUACAGCAAGCUCUACUACAACCAGUACUUGCCUAUCAGUGACUCCAAUAGCUACGAUAACAAUGCUCUCAAGUAUAACGUCACCCGCAUCUUGAACCCAGACUACACCUUCAACCUGCAAAAAUAUCAGGAAUACUCUCCCCUCUUCUUGUCUACCACGUUCAUGUUGUGCUAUGGUCUUUCCUUUGCCACCAUCAUUGCCGUCCUCGUCCACACUGGUCUCUUCCACGGAAAGGAAUUAUGGAUCCGAUUCAAGAGCGUUGGCAAGGAAGAAGAAGAUGUCCACGCCCGCCUCAUGUCUCGUUUCAAGACUGUUCCUCUCUGGUGGUAUGGCGGUAUCACUCUUAUCAUGAUGGGAAUGGCCCUCGGUGUUAUCCUUGGUUACCCUACCCAUCUCUCUUGGUGGGCUUUCUUCGUGUCCUUGAUUAUCUGCUGUUUCUGGUUCGUCCCUUGCGGUAUUGUGCAGGCCACGACCAACAUUCAGAUCGGACUUAACGUCAUCACCGAGUUCAUCAUCGGUUAUAUGCAGCCUGGACGCCCCAUGGCCAUGAUGUUGUUCAAGACAUACGGUUACAUUACCAUGUACCAGGGAUUGUUCUUCUUGCAGGACAUGAAGCUUGGCCACUACAUGAAGGUUCCUCCUCGUGUCACCUUUGCAGCUCAGAUGGUAUCUUGUUUGUGGUGCUCCGUCGUCCAGAUCGCCGUCAUGAACUGGGCUCUCGGUGCCAUUUCCGAUGUCUGCUCCCAGACCCAGGCCAACCAUUUCAGCUGCCCCAACGGUCGUGUUUUCUUCAACGCUUCUGUUAUCUGGGGUGUCAUUGGACCUCAGCGUAUCUUUUCCCCUGGCCAGAUGUACUCCAACAUGAUGUGGUUCUGGCUCGCCGGUGCUAUUCUUCCCGUCCUGAUCUACUUCGGUGCCCGUGCCUGGCCCAAAUCCCCCAUCCGCUACCUUAGCGCCCCCAUCAUCUUCGGUGGUAGCUCUUUGAUUCCUCCCGCCACUCCUCUGAACUACCUCUCCUGGGGUAUCGUCGGCUUCGUCUUCAACAAGUAUAUCCGUGACCGCUGGCGCGGCUGGUGGAUGCACUACAACUAUGUCUUUAGUGCUGGAUUGGACGUCGGUCUCGCCCUCUCUACGAUCUUGAUCUUCGUUGCUUUGUCGCUGUGGAACCACGAGAUGCCCGAAUGGUGGGGAACCGAUAUUGCCUCCAACACUAUGGAUGCUUCGUACUCCGCUAUCCAGGUGACCGGCGUCCAGUUCGGACCUACUUCUUGGUAA